GCAUUGGUGGCGUCGGUGGGGCGGCAUGCUUGUGUAGUCAGUCAGUCGAGCGUCAGGUCACAUCAGCGGGCCCGAAUACCAAGGAUGCGGUAUGCGUGUAGAAACAUGUCCACAAAUCAACACAGCCGCCCUGUACAGCCGCCUUCGCAGCGUGAUAAGCGCGGCGGUUGUUGGGUCAUGCGCGUGCCCGACCCCGCAGAGUGCAGCGGAACGUGGGGUCCACGUUCUCGGAGCAGUGGCAGCUGCGGGCUGGCCGAACAAGCUUCCGAGGCAGGGCUUGAGGUGCUUGCCAACGUCUUCUGUGCCCUGGACGCGCGUUGACGCAGCACUGUGCGCCCGCCUGCACCAGUCGGCCUGCAACGAGGAGCGCGCCAAACAGCCGUUUGGAGGGCGGGUGCGGAUGGACUGUGCGCCCUGCCGGAGCGGCACCGACUCACUGGGGAAGCUGCGGACUGGGGCAGGGAUGGGGUGUGCGCCAGACUCGUUGCGAUUCAUCGCGACAUCCUCCCGCCGGCUCAACCGCUGCCACUGCCACCGCUGCGCUCUGCCCAUCUGCUGCGAACGGCGCUCGCCGAAUCCACACACACUGCACCGCAUGUCCCCUCGGUAAUCCGCGCGCAAAAUGGGGCGCAACGCGCGGAAGCGCAUCUCCUAUGUGCUGCCGCUGGCGAACUCGGCAGGAGGCCACCGCCUGGGCGUCAAUGGCCUCGCCGUCGACCCAGCCAACUCCAUCCUGUGAGCUU